UUGAUCGAUACUAUCGUAGACGGUUUUUCAGCUCUAGAAUAAAUUUGUUAUUAUUUUUUAAGCCGGUGCGAAAUCCUGAAAUGCGAUUUCUUUACGCAUGUUUUGUGAUCGUGCUGUGCGCCCUGAUCUUCUGCGAGUAUGUGGCGGACUUUGUGGUGCUGCAAAAGUGCAAGUGGCCGGAGAUAAAGCGCAAGAAGUAUGUGGACGAUCCGCUUAGGGCAAUGAUUCUGGCGGAUCCGCAUCUCCUAGGACCUCAUCGUGGCCACUGGCUGGACAAGCUUUACCGGGAGUGGCACAUGACGCGGGCCUUUCAGGCUGCCUCACGUCUGUUCCAGCCGGACGUGGUCUUCGUCCUGGGCGACUUGUUCGAUGAGGGCGACAUGGUCAGCGACAAGCAGUUCCAGGAGUAUGUGUGGCGCUACCUGAAGAUGUUUCACCUACCACCGGGAAUUCCGCUCAUCAGUGUUGCGGGAAAUCAUGACGUGGGCUUCCAUUACAAAAUGCAUCCUUUCUUUAUGUCGCGCUUCGAGAGCUAUCUAAACAACUCCUCGGUUAAUUUGUACACCAUUAAGCAGAUCCAUUUUGUGGUGAUCAACUCGAUGGCUAUGGAAGCCGAUGGCUGCAUGUUUUGCACCCAGGCCGAGGAUCAGUUGAAAAACAUUUCACGGACAUUGCACUGCAUGAAGUACCCGCUAGAGGCGGAGUGCGCCCGCACCAGGCGGCAUCCAUACAGCCAGCCAAUUAUAUUGCAGCACUUCCCCACAUACCGCAUCUCGGAUACCAUGUGCGAGGAACACGAUGCUCCGUACAUCGAGGCGUUUCGAGAGCGGUUUCAUGUGCUCUCCAAGGAUGCCACGGAUAUGCUGGGAGAGCUGCUCAAGCCUAGACUGGCAUUCGCCGGCCAUUCACAUCAUUUCUGUCACAGUGUAAAUAGGCUGGGAAUCGAUGAGUACACGGUGGCCUCCUUCAGCUGGCGAAACAAAGUCAAUCCCAGCUUUAUGCUGGCUACGAUAACCCCUGAUGACUAUGUGGUUUCCAAGUGCAAAAUGUUGCCGCAGCAGUUUGUCUUCAAUAGCUAUCUGAGUGCUGGCAUUCUUUGUCUCAUUGUCAUCGGGUUCCAGCUGCGAAAGUGCAUCCAAAGAAGAAGACAGUCGUCGGCUGCAGAUCACCGGAAGGUUAAUUAGUAUGUACAAGCAUGCCUAUACAAGGCACAUCCUCUUUUGUGAUUUACGCCUAAUUGGGGCUUAGUUUAGACUAGUUACGCCAGAUUCCAGACUCAGAUCCCAGAUCCAAACAGAGGUCAUAUCAUUCCUGCUGCUUUGCAAUCGCUUAACUAUAUUCUAGGUGUACAAAAUUCGGAUGUAUGUAUGAUCUAUUUAUUGAAUUUAUCACAGACAUUAUGCUUGUAAAGUCAAACGGAAUACAUAAUGAGACACAGUCUGCUGACUACAAAUCGAAAAUGCCAAAAAAUAAUGCUUGAACAAAGGCUGGAAAGUGAAGAACAGAUACAAACAGAACAAUUAAAUAAAGCUAUAUUAUAAUUCAAUAAU